CUGCCUCCAUACUGAACCACCCCUGCUUCUCAUAUCCUGCCUUCCUCAUGAAACCUUCCCUAAAUUACCCUCCUCUUCUCCCAUUUCUGUCCUCCUCUCUAUGGAUCUCCACUUUGAAUUUGUUGCUAAGUCAGUUUGUGUUCAUUCUGUGGGGUCAUUGUUCCCUAUCUGUUAUCUGUUCCCAUUUGCAGCACGUCAGUUACUUGGCCCCGGAAGUUAACUUCCAACAAUGAUAACAAUUUAAAAUAUGUCUUGUCUCAGCCAGAAAUCAGUCAGCUAUGUCCAUUGGUAAAUCCUUCCGGGGGCUCAGACUUGAGGGGACUACACAUGGGAAGACCAACAGACAAGACAGUAAGUGCUGUCGUCGCAGGAAGAGAGGGAUGAAAGAGACAGCUUGUUGGAGAUGGAACUUGAAAGCCGGGCUUAGAAGGAUGAGUACCAAUUUGUUUAAAUGAAAUCAAAAUGCAAACGUGUUUAGCAAGGAGUCUGCUCCCCUGUAGGUCCUCUCUGUAUGCUGAGUCUGAAUUUAGGGAAAGUAAAAGACUUAGCAAGUAAUGCUGAACUGUGUGAGCGGGGGGUGGUGAGAUUUAAGAGAGAAUCAUAAUUGUAUUGAUAUGUGCCCAGCAUAGCCCUAGUGCAGAGUCAGCACUCAGAAAAUGUGCAUCGUGAAAUGUUGUGAGCAAAGACCAGGAGGUGGGCCUGGGGGUCAGAGCAAGGAGAAGUGUGCACCUGAGCGGGAAAGAUAUGGUGGGACUAGAUCCUUUAAGACCUUCCCCUUGACUUGUUUUCUCCUGGCUGUUGCAGGGCAAGCUUUAGGGAGCAGGAAGGAAGAAGCACUGACCACUAUCAGAAAUUUGGUCUCAUGGCCUCUAGUUAGGGAAAUGAGCUUGGUCUGUUUGGUGGGAGUUGUUCCACAGUGUUCGAGAGACAAGAAUGCUGUGCAUUCAUACCCUGAGCUUUUCAAAGUAGGAACUUCAUCCUAUAAAGCAGAAGAGUGGUUUCCUUUUCUUCUUUUGUGGUUUCACGGAGCAAAUAUGUGACAAUCUACUUAUAGACAAAGUGAGACGUCAGACGUUGAGUGAGUGUGGGCUGGAUUUCUCGUCUCCCCUCGUUCAUCCAUUUCAUUUUACUCUUAUCGUGCUUUCCAGAAAGUUUGCCUGCUGGGAAAACCGUUUUGACAAUUUCCCGUGUUGUCAGCUCCAUAGAAUUCAGUUUCUGAGAACCAGCCAGAGGCAUGCAGUGACAUUGCAUAAUCUGCCUCUGAACCGGAGAUAUCAGCUGUGGCGCUCAAAGGAGCUGUUGCACACCACCAACAUGAAGGGAGUGAGCAUCACGGAUGGUGCGCCCAAGACACUCUUGGCCAGAGCACUUUAUGACAACCACCCUGACUGCUCCGAUGAGCUGGGUUUCUGCAGAGGAGACAUCCUGACUGUUCUGGAACAAAAUGUGCCGGAAAGCGAGGGCUGGUGGAAGUGUUUGCUCCACGGGAGGCAAGGUCUGGCCCCUGCCAACCGCCUCCAAAUCCUCACAGAGGCCCCCACAGACAGGCCCUGUCCCCCUUUCCUGAGAGGCCUGGAAGAAGAUCUCGCCAGCAACGAAGAGACCUACCAGGUGCCCACCCUGCUCCACUCCCCACCUCCAGGCCCCGUAUACGAGCAGAUGAAAAGCUGGGUGGAGGGGCCCCCGCCGCCCACCAUCCAAGUCUAUGAAUUCCCCGACCCACCAGCCAGCGCCAGAAUCGUCUGUGAAAAGACUCUAAGCUUUCCCAAACAGGCCCUCUUCACGAUUCCCAGACCCACUCGGGCUUCAUUGCCAGCUCUGCCUUCCCAGGUGUACGACGUGCCUGUCCAGAGCCGGGGCCCCCCUGCCUUGAAGGAGCCAGAAAAGCAGCAGUUGUAUGACAUCCCCACCAGCCCCCAAAAGGUGGUACUCGGUCCCCCCUCCAGCCAGCCAUGUGGCCAGAGUGUUCCCCUGACAUCAGCGAUUGCCUUAAGGAGAGGCGGCUACAACACGUUACCAAGCCCUCAGAAAUCAGGAUGGAUUUAUGACACUCCGGUGUGUCCAGGAAAAGCUGAUAUAAGAAAUGCGUCUCUAACCAGCUUUGUGGAAGAAUCAGGGCCUCAUGCGCACCCCAGGUAUAUGUCCAGUUUUCACAAUCCUCCAAAUAGCAGAGCAAGGUCGCCCACUUUACACCUGCAUAAAAAUGUGCCCAUGCAGAAAAAACUCAGCCUUUCAGAAAUUCCUUCUUACAGCAUUCCAGCCCCCUGGGACACAUUCCCUUUCGAUGACGGUGUAAGCUACAAGGUUCCUUCAAGCUUUCUGGUUCCCCGAGUGGAACAGCAGAACACCAAGCCAAACAUUUACGACAUCCCUAAAGCCAUGCCAAGUGUCCCUCAGGUUGGGAAAGAGCUGGGAAAAGCCAAUGGGGCUUCAGAGAAUUCCACGGACCAUAAUUCCUCGUGGUUCUCCAGACGGGCCACAUCGCUAUCUCCUGAAUCGAUAAUGGACAGAUUAUCCAUUUCCAGUUCUGACAGCAGAGCCAGUGUCCUUUCUUCAUGCUCUUCUACAUCCACCGACUCUUCUUCUGGCUCUUUCUCUGAGGAGUCAGUAAAGGAGCUCCCCUUGGACCUGGACUUGGCCAAAGAGACCGUAACGACUUUGCAGCACAAAGUGGCCAGCUCUGUCGCAGGCCUGAUGCUCUUUGUAAGUAGGAAGUGGAGGUUCAGAGACUAUCUGGAGGCCAACAUCGACGCAAUCCACAGGGCCGCCGACCGCAUAGAAGAAUCUUUGAGAGAAUUUCUAGAUUUUGCCCACAGAGUCUGUGGGACCACAUGUAAUCUUACCAACAGUAACCUUCAGGCCAGAAUUAAAGGUCAGCUACAGACAAUCUCCAACUCCUACCACGUCCUGCUUGAAACAAAGGAAAGCCUGGAUAGGUGCAGCUGGUCCCUGGAAGUCCUUGUGACUGACAAAGUCCAAAACAGCCUGGAUGACCUUGAGCGAUUUGUCAUGGUGGCGCGGAUAGUUCCAGAAGACAUCAGGAGGUUUGCUUCCAUUGUCAUUGCCAAUGGGAGGCUCCUUUUCAAGCAGAAUUGUGAAAAGGAAGAGACCCUGCAGUUGACACCAAAUGCAGAAUUUAAGCUUGCAGAAUGCAUCCAGCUUCCCCAAAGGGAAGUUGAAUCAUACCAAAGGAGUGCUCCUUUUAAUAAGGAAAGGGACAGUGGACACUCCCCUGAACUAUUAAAGAAAAAUGGGACAAAUGUCUAUGAACAGAAGUUGCCUAACCUAGAAGAAAAAGAAAAAUCCAUCUUGGAACAAAGGUUGGAUGAAAACAAAGACUCAGAAACACAGAAUCCUAGCUCCCUUGUCCCCCGACCUUUGAGUCAGCAGAAUCCUGAGAAGAAAAUCCACCUUUCUGAACACUGCCGGCUCUAUUUUGGGGCACUCCUCAAAGCCAUCGGCGUAUUUACCAGCAGCCUCAGCAGCAGCCAGCCGCCGGAGAUCUUUAUCUCGCAGAGCAAGCUGAUCAUCAUGGUGGGGCAGAAGCUGGUGGAUACGCUGUGCACGGAGACCCAGGAGAGGGACGUGCGCAACGAGAUCCUCUGCGGCAGCAGCCACCUUUGCAGCCUGCUCAAGAACCUCGCACUGGCCACCAAGCACGCGGUGCUCAAGUACCCAAGCCCUGCAACCCUGGGGCACCUCCAGGCCGAGGCCGAGAAGCUGGAGCAACACACGCGGCAAUUCAGAGGGACGUUGGAAUGAGCCUCCUUCCCUCUUUUCUUCUCCCCGUUAACCUCUUAGCUUCAGCCUCACAUCCACAGCCACAGAGGACUCUGUCCUAUGGGAAAAGCCAGCCUGGGGACACACCAACGAGCAGAAACAGCCACAGAGCACCAAAGCCAGUAUUACCAAGUGGCUAGGCAACCCCAGGGCACUGACUUAUCCCACAGCGAGUCAGGUCCUUGCCAAGUUUUUUAGCAUAUCAUGUAGGGUCAGUGUAUGAAGUGAGAUUGUAGAAACCAAUUUUUAUAUUGGUUAAAUGUGUGCCUGUUUUAAAUUCAUUCAUUCAAUGCUUGUUUCUUGGGCACCUACUAUAUGUCAAAUUCUAGAUGCUGAACAUAUAGCAGUGAAUCAAGUAGCAGAGGCCGUGCCCUCAGGGGCUUGCAAUCUAGAGGAGACACAGACAAUAAAGUGAUGGAGGAAUACAUAUACAAUGUAUCAGGUGUUAGGGAGAAAAUAAAGUCAAAGAGGAAGAGACUUAUUUUCAAAUGAUUAGUUUCUGUUGCAUCCGUUAGACAAUGUAAUAAGUUUUUCAUUUGGAUUGAAUUAAUUCUGUGAGAUCAAUACAAAUUAUGUAUCUGCAUCUUACACCAAAAAUAUGUAUUUGUUUGCUAUUUUCUCUUAACUGAGUUCAAGAUGCCUGUUAUAUUUGCAACAUAACAUGUUCUGUUGGGUUCCCUAUUAAUUUAUUUUGUACAUUAUAGAUUCUGUGUUGAUAAAUUCAAUAUGCUCAAUCAGAAAAGGUUUAUACCUCAACAGUCUCAAAUCUGUUUCCAUUUAUAAUGUUAUGUAAAUAGAAUCAUGAAUUGAAACAUCCUU